AUGAAGACACUAUCGGUUGCCUUCGUGGCAUUGCUGGCUGCCUCCAACGCCUGGGCUGCCUCGGACACGCCCACAAGAGUCCUUCGCGAUGAGGGCGGCACCAAGGUCGCCCGGCAGGCCAAGGCCAAGCAGAGCCCUUCCGAAUUCCCCCUGCAAGGUUCCCCUAAGUCACAGGGCUGCUACUCGUCAUUCGGCAACAUGACUCUUCACAAGCCUGUCGACAAUAUGUCGUCAGGUAGUUGCAAUCAGGCUUGCAAGGAAGACGAAUAUUGGGUGUCUGGUCUGAAGGGCUCCAGCUGUUACUGCGGCUUUGCCCUCCCGCCCAAGGCAGACCUCGUUGACGACAAAAAGUGCAAUUAUCCUUGCCCAUAUUACGAUUUGGAGGCCUGCGGUGGACUGGGCACAGGCUUCUACUCGACCUUCAAUCUUGGCAUCAACAUCGAGGCCACCAACCUGCAGUCCUCAUCGUCCUCCGGCUCGACGCCAACUAGCUCUUCGACUGCUGGUGACAAGUCGCCCUCAGCCCCCGUGGUGACCGAGACGGAAGCUGCAUCGCAGACGCCCGAGUCUGACAGCGGCAAGAGCAAACCCAACACGGCUGGCAUCGCCGCUGGCGUUGUUGUGGGUGUUGUGGGCGUUGCCGCUAUUAUUGGUGGCAUCUUCUUCUUCGUUCGCCGGAGACGUAACGCAGAGAUUGAGGAGGACCACCGCCGCAAUGCUGCUGUGAACGCAUUCAUCAACGGCUCCAAGCCGCCCGGCAGCAGUGGCAGUAUCUCCAUGACCGAUGCUCGCCUCGACCCGGUGAUGGCUCAUCGGAGAAUGAGCGACGGCAGCAUCGCAGACAACGAGGACUAUUCCCGCAGGAUCCUUCGGGUAACCAACGCAUGA